AUGUUAAAAGUUGUGGGAGCUUCUUGGGUUAAAAUUCGCAUGUCAACAUGGAUUAUUGGUAUCGUUUUGGUUUUUGGCAUAAUUGUUGUUAUACUGGGACAAAUGGGAGAAUCAGAAGAAGAUGGAAAUUAUUCAGCAACUGCUUAUUGGAAUGAAGAAACGGGUUUUGAAAUUAAAUUCUGGGGACAAGGAUUGGAAAAAGAUAAAAUACCCAAAGGAGUGGCAAGAGUUUAUUUUCAACCUCACAUCGAUACAACUGGGUGGGCUAUUAUAGAUGUGGAAACUCAGUCAGAAUAUCCGGAUUGGGUACAGGCAUAUGCAGCAGGAAUGCUAGAGGGUAGUUUAUCAUGGCAACUCAUUUAUUGGCAUUGGAAAAAUACCGUGCAAUCCGUUUGUCAAAAUCAAACACUUUUUUGCAAAUACAUAAAAAAAUACCUGGAAGAAAAUUUUAAAUCUGUCAAAGAGUUGUACGAAAAUACAGACGAUCCAUAUUGGCAUCAGGCCUAUCUUUUUUACAUACAAUUGGAAGGAAUGCAACAAGGAUUUGAACAUGGAGUCAAAAGAAAAGGGUUAAUAAUUGAAGAAAUUGAAUUUAUUGAUUUUUUAUGGAUGAAUGCAGCAAGCGACAUAAUCGAUUUAGAAUAUAAAUUCUACGAUUCGAAACCUUAUUCUACAACAACCACAAAUUCUUCUUCUUUUUCGGCAAAUAAUAAUAAUAAUAGUAAUUUAUUAUUGAAAAAAUUAAUACAGGGAAGAUCGGACAAUGUGGAAUCCAUGGAAAAAUUAUCAUUCGUCGGUUGCGGAGUGACUUUGGGAUCGGCUUUGUUAAAUUCAUUCCAGAAUAUGAGAAAUUAUUUUUCGCCCAUAAUUCCGCUGGACCAAACAAAACUUUUGGUCGCCGGAACUCCGAUAACGGUUUUCAAUAAAAAUUUAUGGAAUUUAGUUUCUCCUUUGAAGCAGUUGUUGAGCGGGGUGCGGGUUGUUGUUGCCAAUCGUUUAUCGAACAACGCAUCGGAUUGGGGUAGUUAUUUGUCAAAAUACAAUUCCGGAACCGGAAAUAAACAGUGGUUGAUUAUAGACGUGGAUAAAUUCAAAAGAAAAAUAAAUGAUUCGUCGGUUGGAGAGAGAGAAAAUUUUUUCUGGGUUGCCGAACAACUUCCGGGUCAUUUUAAAAUUGACGAUUUGACGGAAAAUCUUAUCAAUUCGAGUUAUUGGGCGAGUUACGGACUUCCGUUUUAUAAGGACAUGUACGAAAUGAGCGGAACGAAUUACAUGAAAGAAAAUUUCGGCGACGCAUUUUCCUACGAAAAUUCACCUCUGGCUAAAAUAUACAGGAGAGAUCAUAAUAAAUCCACGUCGAUAAAAUCAAUAUUAAAUCUCAUGCGAUCAAAUUCAUUUAAAAGGGAUCCAUUGUCGUUGGGUAAUCCAAGAUGUGCAAUCGGAGCUCGGGGUGACAUUCCAAACAAAGUUUCCAAUUCUUUUCCAAUCGGUGUCAUCGAUUCGAAAAUAAUAUCGUUGGAAAAAAAAUUGGAGAACGUGACGUCAAACGAUACGACGACGAAUAAUAAUAAUAAUAUUAUACCCUUUAAUAACAACGUUUCAAACGAUGAAUUGAUUAUAUUUAAAGCGGUUGCGGGUCCGGCACAUUCGUUGCAUAAAAAUUCGGAAAAUUUAAAAGGAAAUGACGAAAUAAGAAAAGAAAAAAAUGAAACCGUAGAAGUAGAAGGAAUAGGAGUAGGAGGAGGAGAUGAUGACACUUUAAAACCGUUCAAUUGGCAAAAUAGCGUUUUCAAUGAAUUUCCUCAUAACGGUCAUCCAAAUAAUUGGGAUUUUGAUGCAAUUUCUUUAUCACCAUAA